CAAGCAAAUCUCGCCUUCUCAUUGGUCAGAAGAGCCAGCAGGAAGAGGGAAACAGACCGCUAGUGCAAACUGUCAAGUUCAGACACAUACAUCCAGAACGGUCGCUGCAGCGUUCAUCAGUGGCUACAAUCGUGUCCUUACCUGUCUGCUUGCGUCUCCACGGUUGCAGUCAUCUCCAGAACAAGCCUACGGACGUCGGUACGGUAUUUUAAAAAGAGUCCCCUACACGGAAGUUUCCGGAAAUACAACACAGAGGGCAUUGGUGCGACAAUGGCAGCGUACAAACUGGUCCUGAUCCGCCAUGGAGAGAGCUGUUGGAACCAGGAGAACCGCUUUUGUGGGUGGUUCGACGCGGAUUUAAGCGAGACGGGAGAAAAGGAGGCCAAGAGAGGAGGACAGGCCUUAAAAGAUGCCGGCUAUGAGUUUGACAUUUGCUACACGUCUGUCCUCAAGAGGGCCAUCCGCACGCUGUGGUUUGUUCUGGACAACAUCGACCAGAUGUGGCUUCCUGUGCACCGGACCUGGCGCCUCAAUGAGCGCCACUAUGGUGGCCUGACCGGGCUGAACAAGGCUGAAACAGCAGCUCAACACGGAGAGGCCCAGGUCAAGCUCUGGAGGCGCUCUUUUGACAUUCCUCCCCCACCCAUGGAUGAGACGAAUGAAUUCUUUGAGACCAUAAGCAAGGACCGCCGUUAUGCUGAUCUGACAGAGGAGCAGCUUCCAACCUGUGAGAGCCUGAAGGACACCAUCGCUAGAGCUCUGCCAUUUUGGAAUGACGAGAUUGUUCCACAGAUUAAAGAAGGGAAGCGGGUGUUGAUUGCUGCCCACGGCAACAGUCUGCGUGGCAUUGUCAAGCACCUUGAGGGUAUGUCUGAGGAGGCCAUUAUGGAGCUCAACCUGCCUACCGGUAUCCCCAUCGUGUAUGAGUUGGACAAAAACCUGAAACCCAUAGGAAACAUGCAGUUUCUGGGUGAUGAGGAAACCGUACAGAAGGCCAUGGCAGCUGUGGCUGCUCAGGGCAAGGUCAAGAAAUAAACUCCACUCCCAAGACUGGGAUGGUCAUUCCCAUUAAUCCCGUGCUGUGUAAUUGGAAAAAAGAAAACUAGUCUACAGGCCAGUUAGUGUUAUCAUCAUCAUCACAGAUUUAACACAUACGCACACACACUGUGUACAAUCAUAUGCAUCUUUAAUUCAGUCAUACACUUUGAGGUUGGUUUUGAAUCAUCUAUAUUUUUUGGCAUAACAAGAUUUUAACACAUGAAUAUUUGUGAUGUAUGUAUUGACCAAAAUGUUAAUCCAGGACCUUGUGGCUAACCAGUGAACGUGUAUAACUUACCAUAUAUUGUAACGUGUGUUUUCCUUUGCUGUGACACUGAAUAGAAGAAUAAAUUCCACAAGCUAAUA